AUGGUUAUGGUAUUGGUGGUGAUGGUGAUGAUAAUGAUGGUGGUGGUGGAACUGGUGGUAACGAUUGGUGGUGAUGGCGAUGAUGACGGUGGUGGUGGUAGUAAUGAUGGUAGAAAUGGUGGUGGUGGUGAUGAUGGGGGUGAUAAUGGUGAUAGUGGUGGUGAUGGAGAUCAUGAUGGUGAUUACAGUAGUGAUGGUGAUGAUCAGAAUGGUGACACUGAUGAUGAUGAUAUUGGUGAUAGUGGUGACAAUGGUGAUAUUGGUGAUAGUGGUGAUAGUGGGGGCGGAGAUGGUGAUCGUGGUGACCAUGGCGAUAGUGACGAUGAGGAUCAUGGUGGUGGGAGUGGGGGUGAUGGGAGUGGUAGAAGUGGUGAGGAUAAUGAUGGUGAUUACAGUAGUGAUGGUGAUGAUGAUGGUGGUAGUGACAGUGUUGAGGAUGUUGAGUGUGUCAAUGGUAAUAAUGAUGGCGAUGGUAGUGAUGAUAAUGAUCAGAAUGGCGGUGGUAAUAGUGAUGAUGGUGAUAUUGGUGAUAGCGGUGACCGUGGCGAUAGUGGCGAUGAGGAUCAUGGUGGCGGGAGUGGUCGAAGUGAUUAG